GAAAUGUUGUUAUGAUUUGAAGCAAUCAUUGAUUCGUUUAUUUUCAGCCAUUAUUUCAUUUGAAAACCGCUUUUGAGUUAUAUUUUAAAAACAAAUAAUUAAUUAAUUGUUUACAUAUUUUUUGAUGAGUUCUUGCAUUUGGCGACCAAAAUGAACACCAGUUUCGAUGUGAACGCUUUGAACGACAAGAACAACGACCGCAAUGGAAGUGGUGUGGAGUCGACCACCACUUCGACCACUAAUGGAUUCAAUUAUGUC